AUGGUCAAGAAGAGGGCAGUUAAACUCUUUCGAGGCCUAGCUAAUAAGAUCCAGGUUGAUAGAGAACGCGUCUACCUGUCUCUAAGGAGGAAACUAGACAGGUUGGUGUCUGAUGGGGGCCGCCAGUGGGGAGGUGGCCAGAGUGGAACCCCCGGCAUUGGAGAUGAGAGCGGCACCCUUGAUGAGUUGGGCAAUGAGAUAACGGUGGAUGAGGUCAGGAAGGCGAUUGAUAGUCUUAACUUAAAGAGGUCUCCAGGCCCUGACGGCCUAACGGCUGAGUUUUAUAAAGAAUUUGCUGACCUCUUGACUCCUCAUCUCGUGGAGCACUGCACGGUGAAGGGCCGAAGCUGCUUUUCGGCUGUCCUUGGCAUCCGGGAGGUUCUGGAACGGUGUAAGUACGGCCUCCCGGGGAAAUUCAUUAAUUGGCUUAAAGUAUUGUACAAGGGGGCCGAAUGCUUCCCGCUUGUGAAUGGAUGGUCUGGGGAGUCCUUCGGGGUCUCUUCCGGGGUCAGACAGGGGUGUCCGUUAUCUCCCUUGUUAUAUGCGUUCGCCAUUGACCCUCUCCUUAGGAGGCUUGAUGGUGGCGUAUUGGCAGGGGUCCCUCUGUCUCCCGGUAGGGCUUUGAAGAUUGCUGCCUACGCAGAUGAUGUCACGGCGGUCGUCUCUAGUGAGAGGGAGGGCGAUAGCUGUGGCUCAUUUGUUGGAAGACUAUUCGGGGCCUCUGGGUCCCUGAUUAACAGGAACAAGUGUGAAGCUUUUUGGAUUGGGAAGGGGGACCCUGCUUAUGUCCUCCCGGAUGUUUUCCCUGCGGCCCAGUCUGAAAUUAAAAUCUUAGGUAUCACAUUUGGUCAUGGUGAUUAUGCCAAUCUAAAUUGGGAGAAAUGCAUGAGGAGAGCUUCGUCUCUGGUCAACCGCUGGAAAGGGUUGAAAUAUACCCUAAGGGAAAAGGUUGAUCUUAUAAAGACUUACCUGAUCCCGGUAUUUCUUUAUGUCAGCUAUGUGUGCCUCUUGCCAGAAUCUCUCUAUGGUAAGAUCUCUGGUCUGUUCUUCCAACUGUUAUGGGGGAAUAGGACAAAUCUCAUCAAGCGUAGCGUUACCUACAUGCAAAGGAGUGAAGGGGGACUUAGCAUGAUCAACCCCGUAGUGUUCUUCGUGAACACAUUUAUUAAAUACAACUUUUCCAACCUCUUAGAAGAGAAGACUCUUUUGUGGGUAGAGAUCUUUAAGGUUUGGGUUUCCCCUUUCCUGAAAGAAUGGUUAGAUGGUGGCUCAGUAAAGAGUUUGCGGGUCCCUCGUGGCUCUCUCCCGCUUUAUGUUGCAGUGAGUUUGAAAAUUAUUAGGAGGUGGUGUGUGACUGUUGGGGAGAUAAGGGCUGCUCCAAGGCGGGAGGUGGAUAGGAGGGUUCUGUCUUCCUACUUUCAUGCACCGCUAGCCUUAAGGGAUUGUCCAAACGCCAUGGCAAGAUCAGGGCUCGCCUUAGUCAACUCCCAGCGGGUUCCCAACAAAUUCAGGGACAUAGUUUGGCGUUCCUUUCACGGGAAGCUCUAUGUUAAUUGGAAUCUGAAGUAUAGGCGUUCCGAUGAUCGUGGUUGCCCGCGUGAGGAAUGUGCUGGGAGGGUGGAGACAAUGGACCAUUUCUUACUUCAGUGCCCAUUUAACAUAGAUGUUUACAAACAGGUAUCUCAAGCGCUGUGCAUCCCCUGCCUUUCUGGUUGGGAUUACCAGGAGUGGGCCUAUGGGGCAUUUAAAAGGCAUGUGGGUCUGGAUGUGGGCACUCUUUUCUUAGUUAGUGCUGUGGCCCGCUUCUACACUUGGAAUGCACGGUGCAAAGUUUCUCUUAGGAGCGAAUCCCUCCCCUCUGCAGUGGUGGUGGGUAUGAUCUUGGGAGAACUUGGGAAGAUUAGAUCUUUAGAGAGACAAAGGACGGCGGAGGCGAUAUGGAGGGCAUGGUGGCGUGGCUUCCACUUUGACCCUCCAUGAUACAUCUCGCUUCCCCUGAUGUCUCUGUGGUGAUGGGCUUAAAUUUCUAGCACCCCCUUAGAUUUUUCUUGUAAGGUCAUUUUUGUGAUUGGGCUCAUACGGUUUUCAGCGAGUAGCCCAAUCCUUUGUCCUUCUGGGGGGUUUGUUUAUUUAUU